UUUUAGAAGAAUUAAGUAAAAACAUUUGAAACAUUUUCGUUUCUGCUAAUAUUUACUGUUUAUGAACGGAAUACUUGUUCGAUGAGUUUCCUUUGUUCAAGGAAAUUAUAAUAAACGAUAUUUCAGGAGUUUUAAUUGAAGCUUGUACCUACCAAGGGUGAAGCUCUCCAGAGAGGCAAACAACAGUAACAAAAUAGAAAAAAGAUAAAAAUAUGAAAGUUUCGCGUUCCUAUUUGCACCGGGGAAAAAUAUAAAAUUUCAGUGUACCGAGCCGCAAAAGAAGCGGGAAAUACGCCGUUCGUGUUUCCGCUCGUUAUGAACCCUUUAACGGCCGUUAUUCUUUCGAAAUCCGAUACCAGAAAAACUGUUUCCCCUCCCUCGCCCUUUCUAUCGAUACCUUCGCCUCUCUGCGCCGUUAAUUGAAAAUAUUUUUCACCGGCCAGCGACAAUGUAGAAUAAAAUCGAUGGAAAUUUCCUCGUAAGACGGUCACCAUUUGCAACGAUUCCACAGACCUUGUAUUUAUUCGUGUUUUUAUUUCAUUAAAAUAUCAUUUGCAAAGAAUAAUUUUCAAAAUAUUGCGCUAAAUAAGAUUUUCAAGGAAACUUAUUUUCUCCAAUUAAUCAGUCAUUUCUUUAUUAAGAAUAUCGAUAAAACGUUAUUCAUACAGUCAUUUUUAUUAAACUUUAUAUUGAAUUAUGGGAGAUUAAAUCACUCAGCAGUUUUUUCAUUUAAAAAAAACUAACUUUAUUUCACGAAACAGGAAAAACACGUCCAGCUCUUCUAAGAUUUUGAUUCGACUCUCACAAGAAGGUUGGUGUCCGCUUUUCUAAACAAACGUGUUUAUGAUCCUGCCUUGGCGAUAGUCUCUUAUCUUGGGUGACGAAAUCCAGAUUCAUCUGGUCGUCCUUCUGUCGCUUUUGUUUAAAUUGAACCUCAGGCAUUUUUGCUUACAAUAUAGAAAUAUUAUCCUAGAGUACCCUAAGUAAUAUUUCAACACUUUAAACUUUAAAUUGAUAUAUCACAAAUGUCAUUCGGUAAUACUUUUAUGCGUUAGACUUUCUACGUUUGAAGCCAUUAUUAAUAUCUGUACGCGCGUUGAACUUUAAUCCUCCAGUAAUCAAUGAUUAACACAAGAAAGCAAUCGAAUUUUAUUCACCUUUCUGUGGUAACAAAGAAAAGAAAGAAAUAGGGUGCUGCGUAAACAGUAAACAGUAAAAGGAGUUGCAUGAAGGUGGUAACACGAUUAUCCAUCAUCGACGGCAUCCCCGUGAGGAAUUGCGGCUAGGCUAGCAAGGAUAAAACGCGUCUCCCGUGUUCCUCGCUUUUCCAUUUUCCGCGAAUACACACCGAUGACGUUUCGGCCAUUUUUCUUUCUCCGUAAACUCCGUGAAUUGUCGCUGACGUUCAACCAGGAUGAUACUGUUACAUUAUAUACAAUUCAAGAAUACAUACAGGCAUCUAAAGACAGGAGGAAAUGGGUAACUGGUGACGUCAAAUGCAACAUGAACUUAAGAAAGGUAUGCUUACGGGGAGGCUGGUGCAGAUGCGGUGGCAUCAACCUACGCACAAUGAUCAAAAAUCCCACCACGGGGAGAGGGACAGUUCACUUUUACUAAAAACCUAUAAAACCCAGAACGCUUCGCGUUCAUCCUCAAACAAUCAUUGAAGUUUGACCAAACUUGAUCUAUUCCGUCCAUUCCGGUCUAACAUAAUAUAAUAGUAGACGAUUGUGCGCUGACAUCAAAUUAAGAUACAAGACGCUUGUGCAAAUAUCGAAGAAGCAACCUGAAGAUGUAUUCCAAGCAAAGCCUGUCGCUUAUCAAAGGAGGAGUCCUGUGCUUGUUGGUGAUCUCUUUCAUAGAGAAACAACUGUACUCAGAAGCCAAACCAUCAGAGAAUGCAGGUGAAGAAUACAACUUCAUAAAACAAAAUCAAAUCAAGAAGGAUCGACAUACCUUUGAGAUGGAACAACUGCGGCACACGUCAAGUUGCGCUUACGUCGUCGAACCUGUCAGUAAACGCGGUUAUCGAUUUGCCGAAUUGGAAGAAUUGUACGACAUCAAGUGCGUGAAUAUCAGUCAACCUUGCUCAGCUAUCACAUGGCCGAAGCACAAGUGCAUGCAAACUUUCAAGACAAUCAAGAUAAGCAACAAUUGGAACGACAACAUGAUAAUCUACACUGGUUGUGUCUGCGCUUACAACCACCAUGGCAGCAAUAAAACCAGUCCUGGAAAUACUAAUCAGUAAUUCCGCUAUGCGUGUUAUUUAUAUUUAGUACUUAUUGAUUUACAUUCCAGAUUAGUAUUAUAGUUGGCUAAUACUAAUCUUCCAAGCUUAAAUCCCUCGAUUCGAUUUAAAAUUAGACAUUUGUUAAGUUAAGGGUUAGCUUAGGUUUUAUUCGACCCUUGAUAGUUUCAAUUUAAUUUCUUAUUUCUCAAGUCUUUCAUUUGACAAAUGUCAAGGGUUAAGCGCGUUAAGUACCAUAUUGUUUCCUCUGUAGUCGUGAGUCACCACCGUUUUUGUUCCUAAAUCUGUUACAGUAAUGUUUCACUUACAAGAUAUUUGUUCCAACGAUACCUAUAGUCGUAAUACCAUGUUGUAACACAGUUGCAAGACAAUCACCAUUAGAAGUCAAUUAUAAGUGAAAAAUACUCAGUGACGUACUAUUACAGCGGGGAAAAUCUUGUUUUGCUCAAUACUCGAUACUCCACGGACAAAUAUACCCGUGCAAUAGGUAUUAUAUAAUUAACAAUAAUUAUAAAAUAAUAAUGUUUAUGCGUUUUAUCGACGAAGCAAUGUAUCAAACAUAAUAUUUAUUUAUUUAUUUAUUUAUAUAUAUAUUUCUGUGAAUCUCUUCCGUGACUAUAAAUGUGAUAAAGGUAUAUUUUUUGUACUCUUACCAAUCGUCU